AUGUUUAAUGCGCAUUAUCUGGGUCUUAUGCGCGAGACAUGGAACGCGUAUCGCAGGAUAAAGCAUUCUAACGAUUCUUUCUUUAAGCCGGAGUCUUCUCGUUUAUUAGAGGAUGACCCUUAUCAGGCUGGGUAUGGCUAUGGAGCACUCAGCCAUGCUCAGCAGGCUAAUCAGCCGGAUCCGGAGUACGUGAGGCGUGAGAGGGAAGCGUUGGAUGCGAUCUGUCAACGGACUUCUGAUACUGUUAUUGAUAUCUGGUCCUUGCAACCGCAACCCCACCUCCAACCACAGGCAACUCUUCAGACUCCUCGAUCUGAUUCGGCAUCACCUGUUACCAAUGACGAUAAAAGUCAUCUUGCCGUUACAUCUGAUGCAGCAUCGCAUCAUAGUCGCCCUAGCACGGGGGGAACUGUGCCCAAGCAUUGGGGAGAAGUCGUUCUUAAUCCCAGCAAGAAGCGAUCCCGUCAAAACAUGAAGGCUGAUAGUCGUGAUGUCUUUGGGGUCCUCAAAGUAACCUAA